UUUUUUUUUCUUCAUAAUGUGUGAAGAUUUAAAGAUAAUGUUUGUGUUUAUAUUAAUGUUGAGUUUAUUAGGGGAUAAUUAUGGGACAAAAGGAGAACCACAAGUACCUUGUUACUUUAUAUUUGGUGAUUCAUUAGUGGAUAAUGGUAAUAAUAAUGUGAUUAGGUCAUUAGCUAGAGCUGAUUAUUUGCCUUAUGGAAUUGAUUUUCCUGAUGGACCAACUGGAAGAUUCUCCAAUGGUAAAACUACUGUUGAUGUCAUAGCUGAGCUUUUGGGUUUUGAUGAUUAUAUUCCACCCUAUGCAUCUGCAAGAGGCAGAGAAAUACUUAGAGGUGUCAAUUUUGCAUCUGCUGCUGCUGGAAUUAGAGAAGAAACUGGCCAACAAUUGGGAGGAAGGGUAACAUUUUCAGGUCAAGUAAAUAAUUACAAGAACAUAGUUCAACAAAUAGUGAGAAUAAUUGGAGAUGAAAAUUCAGCUGCAAAUUAUUUGAGUAAAUGUAUUUACUCAAUAGGAGUUGGAAGCAAUGAUUAUCUCAACAAUUACUUUAUGCCCCAAUAUUAUUCAACAAGUAGACAGUUCAGUCCUCAACAAUAUGCCAAUGUUCUUAUCCAACAAUACACUCAACAACUAAAGGCAUUGUACAAUUAUGGAGCAAGGAAAUUUGUGUUGAUUGGAGUGGGCCAAAUUGGAUGCAGCCCAAAUGCUCUGGCCCAAAACAGCCCAGAUGGAAGAACUUGUGUUAGAAAUAUCAAUGUGGCAAAUCAGUUAUUUAACAAUAAACUGAGGGCACUUGUGGAUAAUUUAAACAGCAAUACACCGGAUGCCAAAUUAAUCUACAUUAAUGCUUAUGGAAUUUUUCAAGAUUUAAUUGAUAAUCCCUUUGCUUUUGGAUUUAGAGUGACGAACGCCGGAUGUUGUGGAGUAGGAAGGAACAAUGGACAAAUAACAUGUCUACCAUUUCAAAAUCCAUGCCCAAAUAGAAAUGAAUAUUUAUUUUGGGAUGCAUUUCAUCCAGGUGAAGCUGCAAAUAUAAUUGUUGGAAGAAGAUCUUACAGAGCUCAAAGGUCAACUGAUGCAUACCCUUUUGAUAUUCAACGUUUAGCACAAUUGUGAAAGAAAAAUAUAUGGUUAUUAAAUUUAUAGAAUCAUAUAUUGCAUUCUAAAUGUACAAUUUCUUAUUAUAUAUAUGACUAUCAUUAAUAUAUAUAUUUAUUCUA